CAUGUGGACUUCAUGGACUACUUGGAACAGCAUCUCAUGAGCCUCCCAACAUUAAUAACAGAUCAUCUCGUUUAUUUGCCUGAUGACACAUGCAGAGUUAAAAUAAACACAAUUUGGAUUACACAGUAAGCGAGAAGAAAACAAAAAUGAGGCCAUUGUGUCAUAUUAUUGCUCUGUUUUCCAUUGUUGUGGGUCGGUCCUUUCUCAUGGUGUACUGCCAGACAGUUUGCAACAGACGAGAUGGACAAGAAUGGCACAUUAAACAGCACACAGUCCGACUGAACUGGACACUCACAGGAAAUAUCUGCAGUGGUUUUGCAGAGUGUUGGGCAACUCGGGAGGCAGAGGAAGAGAGUGAACAUGCUUUUAACUUCCCACAGAUUUGCCCCCUUCAGUUGCAACAUGGAGACAAACUGCUAAUGUUUGCUGAUGAAACUCUGAAGAAAUUUGGUAUCAAAAUCUUCAACGUCCACGUCAAAAAUUUUGAAAGCUGUUCCACAGAUGGACAGUUAAAAGAGUACUUCUUUUCUCCCAACAAUGCAAAUGGGAGCCAGCAAGUCGAUGCCAAGUGGCUCACCGCAGGUCAUCAUUACUUCAUUGCUCUCCAUGAGGGUGACACGCAGCUGUGCAAGUUUGGCUUAAGGCUCAACAUCACUGUGAAAAUGCCACUUUGUCGGCCUUCUCCUCUGUUUCGACUUUGUUCAGGGAAUGGAAUUUGUAAAAGUGGUCUAUGGGAACAAACAUACCACUGCCAAUGCCACCGACACUACUCUGGCCGUUUUUGUGAAAAGUUUGAUGCUUGUUUGGAUAACCCAUGUGAAAACAAAGGAGUGUGUUUGAGCAAGGGAUCCACAGACACCAACCACAGAACUUAUACAUGCCUGUGUCCGCCACAUUUUACAGGGGUUAACUGCUCCGAAAUAAUCGGAAGAGAAAACUGUGAGCGAAUUUGCCAAAGUGAACCGUGUGUUCAGGUGUCACCUACCUCCUUCAGAUGCACCUGUGACCCAGGAAUCUCUGGUAAGCGCUUUAUACUCAGCUGGUUGUUGGUGAAAAGGAGCACAAUCAUCCAUCACUGGAAAACUCUGCUCAGCAAAUGA